UUGCUGUAUAUAUAUGCCUGAACAACAAUUGUAUAUCAAGGGACUGCUGUAUUUACAACUUCGGAUCAAUCUUUGAGUAGUUUUAUUAAGGGGGAUACAGAUAGAUCAAAUUCAAAAGCACAUAUCUGAUAGAGAAUAGUAGUUGAGAUGAUGAGUUGAGUACUGGCCUGAAUUUGAAUGAAAAUGGACAAAGAAAAGAAUGGAGGAAGAAACCAUUAGCUUGAUGUUUCAACAAUCGCCUGAUACAAUGAUUAAAUGACUUGUCGAAAUAACUGAUAGUUCUAAUUAUGUUAACAGUGAGAAUCCCUCCAAUGUCGGUGAAGGAAUUUCGGAAAGGGGGCUUUCGAAGAUGGGGCAAAAUAAGCUACUCUUUUGUGCUUCCAUUUCUAUCUCUGCUGAAGAAUUGCUAUGUCUCACUGUGGGUGAAGGAAAAAUAGAAAAGGAUUCAACUGAAGAACCUCUGGACAAGGUUCAAUCACGAGAUGACGUAGCUGAGGAGUCUAUAAGAGAUGCUCCCGAAGAUGAUGCAGAGUCUACAACUUCAAAGUCCAGCAGCACGUCAGAUUCAGAUGGAAAACUUCAAUCCCAGUGGAAAGGAUUCAUUAAAAGACUAAAGAUAAGUUCAGCCAUGCAUUUGCAUACUUUCCAUCCUAGCAUACCUUCGCUGCCUUCUAUUAAGAUGCUACCAAAAUGGAAAAGUAGGAGUACAGAACAGAGCAUUCCAAUGGCGUCUACUCCUAAUCUAGAUACUGAUUUACGUCACUGCUUUCAAGCGCACUGGAAGAAUUUCCUCCUCUCUGAUCUUCAGAAAGCUACCGACAACUUUAGCCGUGAAAACUUGAUCGGUGAGGGAGGUUCAUCUGAAGUAUAUAAGGGACAUCUUAAAGAUGGCCAACUGGUGGCAGUUAAAAGGCUGAUCAGGGGAACUCAAGAGGAGAUGACAGCCGACUACUUAUCUGAGCUCGGAAUUCUGGUACAUGUCAACCAUCCCAACAUUGCUGGUGUUAUUGGAUAUGGAGUUGAAGGAGGGAUGCACCUUGUCCUUCCUCUGUCCCCACAUGGGAGCUUAGCGAAUCUGCUUAAUGGUGAAAAGGGUAAGUUGUCUUGGUGCUAUAGGUAUAAUAUCUCUCUAGGCACUGCUGCUGGUCUUGGAUAUCUCCAUGAGGGUUGCCGGAGGAGAAUCAUCCAUAGAGAUAUCAAGACAGCUAAUGUUUUGCUUACGGAAGAUUUUGAAGCUCAGAUAUCUGAUUUUGGACUUGCAAAAUGGCUUCCUGAUCAGUGGACUCACCUCACUGUAUCUCAGUUCGAAGGCACAUUCGGAUACCUCCCUCCUGAGUUCUUCAUGCAUGGAGUUGUGGAUGAAAAAACAGACGUGUACGCCUUUGGCGUUUUGUUGUUGGAGCUCAUUUCUGGGCGUCCAGCUUUGGAUGAAUCUCGUAAUAGUGUUGUGAUGUGGGCCAAACCAAUGCUCCUUAGUAAGAAUCACAGUGGGUUAGUUGAUCCAUCACUUGGGGAUGCCUAUGACUCAGAACAGAUGAAUCGGAUGGUUACAGUUGCCUCUUUAUGCAUACAGCAAGCUUCAACAGAUCGGCCUCAAAUGAGCCAGGUUCACGAGAUGCUAAAAGGUACCAGAAGCAUUCUUGAGAGAAAGAAAACAUUCCAACAUACUAGUCGUCAAGAGGAUAUAUCCCAAAAAGUGAAUUUACUACUUGACUUGCACUCACCAAAGUGUAAAGAUGAUCCGAAUUACCAGCAAAAUCAGGCAGAGUUGGAGAAAUAUAAUGUUAAUCCCUUGUUACAAUGAAGAUCUCUUAUGUGAUCUGAACACUCUGGACAAACAUCUCACUGCCAUGGAGCUAUCGGAAUCCACAACACACAGGUCGGAUUGUUAAUGUUCUAUUCUACUAUAGCUGAUUGAAUCACCGCAUCCAGGUGACAAAUCAAAAUGACAAGUGCCGGCAAUCAAGUUUUGACGUUGAGUGAAUAACGUACGUGUUGGACCGAACAUUGUUCUGUUUGAGUGUAUCCAGAAAUUAAAUAGUAUGUUGCUGGAUAUUUGAUCUUGUAAUGAGUUGUGCAUACAACUAUCAACUUCAGAAGGUUAAUGCAUACUAGGUUGAACGUGUGCGUUUUGACAUGGCUGGCUAAACACUACAGGCUCGUUUGAUUACUGGAUAAGGAUUGAGUUAUUCAUGUAUGAAAUGCUGCAUAAGUUUUAACA